GCCUGGUUACUGAAAGCCGUGACCUGCAUCGACCUCACCACCCUUUCUGGAGAUGACACUGCGUCUAAUAUUCAUCGCUUGUGUUAUAAGGCCAAACAUCCCAUCCGAGAAGAUCUGUUGCAGACCAUUGACAUGGGAGAUGCAGAGAUCAGCACUGGCGCCGUGUGUGUUUACUCAGCUCGUGUGACUGAGGCUAUCACUGCUCUAAAAGCUUCGGGCUGUAGCAUCCCAGUGGCAUCAGUGGCUACUGGAUUUCCAGCUGGGCAAACCCCACUGAAAACGCGACUUGAUGAGGUGAAGAUAGCGGUGGAUGAUGGAGCAACAGAGAUUGAUAUUGUUAUCAAUAGGACCCUGGCCCUAACUGGCCAAUGGAAAGCUCUGUACAAUGAAAUUCGUCUAUUUCGUGAAGCUUGUGGCGAUGCUCAUAUGAAAACCAUCUUGGGGACUGGAGAACUGGGCUCCCUCACCAAUAUCUACAGAGCCAGUCUGGUUGCUAUGAUGGCAGGUUCUGAUUUUAUUAAGACUUCAACAGGGAAAGAGUCGGUCAAUGCCACAUAUCCUGUAGCGCUGGUGAUGGUGCGUGCUAUCCGGGAUUUCUACUGGAGAACGGGAAUCAAGGUUGGGUUUAAGCCGGCUGGAGGAAUACGUAGCGCUAAGGAAGCGCUGGUGUGGCUCUCACUCAUUAAGGAGGAGCUGGGGGACGAAUGGCUGACACCAGCUCUGUUCCGUAUUGGAGCCAGCACUUUGUUAGGAGAUAUCGAGAGACAG